AUGUCUCAUUACAUUGGUGCCAUGCCAUGCAGCCCAAUUUUUCAUUACGUCUCAAGCGGUUUGUUGUACUCAGCCCAAGUAUUCCAUCUCAGAGCUACAUUGAGUUCCAAGUUUUCAUAUCGACCUGAUCCCAUCCGGUCCUUCCAGCAACAGAACAACUAUGUGAAGCGACAGGCUCAACUCGGCCAUCUUUUGAUGGCGGCACGAUAUUCCCAGAUCCCAAGUUUCCAUCGCUUGGUGUACUGUAAGAACAUUCCUCAUCUUUUCAAGUGCUCUAGACAAUCCUGUCUAUACAUGAUGCCUUCUUUUUGGGUUACAGUCUUCUUUGCCAUCAGCUAUGCCUUCAACUGUGUGCUGGGUCAAGGGACUGCAUACAAUGUUCCACCUAUGGCGUAUCAGGGAUGCGGUAUGCUAUACAACACCUUAUUGAUAACAGUAGCACGAAACGGGACCGACAAUGGGCCGCAGGUUUGCCAAGAUCUAUGCAUAGCCAAUAGCAGGGACUUCGCUCUCCUUCGCGAUACAUAUUGCUACUGCUCCUUACCCGCGGCCGAUAUCAGAUUUGUUGACACCGUUGGCGUUGUUGACAGCAACUGCAACUACAUCUGCGGCGAGACUCCGCCCGCGGGUUCUCCUCCUGCAAACUGUGGUGGAAAUACGGGUAACCAGCUCUUAUACUCUGUAUAUGGCACGAGAGCGGUACCCGUCGGCUUGUUUGCUGGCACAACAACUUCUACCACUUCUACCUCGUUUUCGUCGUCUUCUUCGUCGACUUCGUUUUCCAACGUCACUGCCUCAUCCACUUCAUUGACUUCAUCGUCAUCAACAUCAUCCUCAACAGACUCUACCUCAUCCACUUCAUUGACUUCAUCGCCAUCAACAUCAUCCUCAACAGACUCUACUUCUUCCUCGUCUAGUUCAUCGGCAUCUACCACCACAACCUCGCCUUCAUCCUCAUCUACCUCUAUCACAUCAAGCUCAUCCGACAUUUCCACGUCUAGUACCACGUCUACCUCAUCUUCCACCUUUUCGUCAACAUCCUACUCUUCUUCAACACAAACCUCAUCCUCUAUCUUCGACAUCUCUCUCCUCUACUUCUUCCACGUCAACAUCGGCUCCAUCGCUGACUUCAUCUUCCACAACAUCCACCUCCUCGUCCUCAUCAACUGGAACUACUUCAAUAUCCUCCUCCACACUGCUACGGCAAGUUUGUCUACAAGUACUUCGGCCACAACGCCUUUAACCUCAAACACCAUCUCAGGAACAUCUAGCACCAGUGGCUCUUCUACUAGUCUUGCAACGACUAGCCCUCAUCACCUCCUCUUUGACAAGUCAGUCCUCGACAGCCAGUGCUUCGACGAGUACCCAAGUCACCAGUCCCAUCAGCACCCCAAGUGCAACUGGAACGAUUUCUCUAUCUGGCCCAACUGGCACCUCGUCUUCCUCAAUAUCGUCAUCAACCGCAAGCCCAUCUAUAACAAGCUCUCCUGUUCUCCUUGGGCCCCCUUUUCUUCUCACUGUCUUGACGCAGUCUACCUCUACGAGUACCACACUCCUCUUUUCAAAACACGAUCUUGCACACUAGCUCACCCCGACUCCACCACCGACAGACGACGAGGCAAUAACACGUCCCAACAAUCUACGAGAUUCUGCCAUCACGGAAUAUCAUUAUCAUCUGUGUUUGUUUACUCUGAAUCGGCAACGUCUUCAUCACACAUACUUCAAUAG